AUGGGCAAAGUCAAGGUUACAAAAAAGUUUGCCGCUGUUAAGCGCAUGAUUUCAAAAAACGAUCCAAGAUUAAAGGAUGUCAAAGAAAAGCUUAUGAAGAAACAAAAGGAGGAUCCUAAACAGGCUCUCAUCAGACACAUUCCUCAAGUCGCAUCAUCACUUUUUUUCCAGCACAACGAAGCUCUAAUUCCACCUUACCAUGUAAUUGUGGAUACGAAUUUUAUCAACUUUUCUAUUCAAAACAAGCUUGAAAUUGUCAAGGCUAUGAUGGAUUGCUUACUGGCAAAAUGCGUUCCAUGCAUCACUGACUGUGUGAUGGCAGAGUUGGAAAAGAUGGGUCUCAAGUAUAGACUGGCACUCAAAGUUGCUCGUGAUCCACGAUUUGAGCGAUUGCCAUGCUCGCACAAAGGAACAUAUGCUGAUGACUGCAUAGUGAAUCGGAUCAUGCAGCACAAGUGCUACAUUGUUGCAACAUGUGAUAAGGACCUUAAACGACGAAUUCGUAAGGUUCCUGGUGUGCCUAUCAUGUACAUUGCUGCACACAAGUUUGCAAUUGAAAGACUUCCCGAGGUAAAUUCAUUAAAGAUGCUCAACCUACACAAGCUGCAGCCAGCAUGCAACUAA